GUGGGAGAGCACGCGCCGGGGCUCGCAGUUCCCUCUACACCUGGUGGUCAUGGGAAAGAAGCGAUGACAGCGGCGGUGGUCAUGGAAGAGGAGUUGACAAGCGACAGCUCUCUCGUCAAGGGCCUGUUGACUUGUUCCAGCUGUAACGUGCUGCUCCGAUACGGGGAGCGCACGCCGAAGCUGCUAACGGGGUGCCUGCACACCGUGUGUGCCCCGUGUGGGCAGCAGUGCAAUUCCGGAGGCUUGGAGUGCCAAAUAUGUAUGACGUCGUCGCCCACGUUGCUGGACCACCCGCUGGUGCAAGAGCUGCUUCAGCAGCAGCACGAGGGGCAGGGGAGCCGACUUUGCGGCCAGUGCACAGAGCGCGGAAGUCGAGCUGCCGCAGCUGGCACCUGUGACGAAUGCAGUACCGACCUGUGCACCGUCUGUAUUCAGGCGCAUCAGCGUACGAGAGUAACUUGGGACCACAGGAUUGCUAUGCAUCAAGAUACAGCCACAGAUGAUUUGUGUCCCAAGCAUCAAAAGACGUAUGACAACUAUUGCGAUACGUGUCGCACAGUGGGCUGCGGAGACUGCAUCCUCUUUUCCCACCGUUCCCACAAGUCACGCACGCUGCAGGAAAAGGACGCGGAAGUGAAGAAUACACUAAAGACCUGCCUGGACAACAUGAGGGGGCUCAGCAGCAAGGUUCAGGAUGGAAUGAAUAGCCUGAAGGCAAAUCUGGAGGAGGCAGGAGCUGCUAAAAGGGCCGGAAUGACGGGCAUUGUCAAACACUUCGAGGAGUACCAGGCACGCGUGACCGAGUUCUUCUCGAAGCAGCUGGGAGUGACUGAGGACCAGUACGACGGGUACGAGCGCGAGUUGCUGAGCCAUUUGAACACCGCAAAGUUGAUGGAGAUGAGGCUGGCGCACCUCGACAGCUUCGCCCAGCAGCUGAUGGAGAACGGUCGGCCGCUGACGCUCGUCAAGAACGCGAGACACGUUCUCGACCUGGCCAAACGGUUGCAAAGUGUCGACAUCAACACUCGACUGGAAAAGAAACUGCCCAAAUUGGAAAUGCACCGGUCAAUGCCUCUUGACAGAAUUGGAGACAUGUUCGGCAUGUUGCUCUACGACGAUGAAAUUUGUAUUCAGCCAGCAAUGGAGAAAAAUCUUAUGAGACGCUUUCUGAGCAUCUCACACCAGGUCAUGGACCAACAACUGCGCACCAACUCGGAUUUUGGCGUAGAGUACAUGAAGGGCCUAUUCUACGUCAUAUGUCAGUCAAGCAGCAUGCGGCCAGAACUGUACAGGCUGAUACAGGAAUUACACAAGACAGUGACGGCGGCCCGUGCGAACACAGUGAGCAGCGUGGGCCAGUUGCAGGGCGCGGCGGGCGCAGUUCAGCCCCAGACCUUGCCAGCGGACCAGCCCAAUGCCGGAACGGCGGGCCAGCCGACAGCCGACGUUGUUCCAUCGCUGCUGAACGCGAAGGACCUAGACGCGGCAGUGCGGCUGGACAGAGGCAUGGCGGCGGAUGAGGUGACGCCCAGUGCACCCGCUAGUGAGCUGUCAAGGCUUCUGCGUGCACCCACUGAGAAGAGCGACCAACAGCAGCAGCCGCCGUCUCAUGUGCAGCAGCUUCUGAUCCGUCAACAAAGUCACCCGCAUUACCGACAACCAUCUCAACUUCAUCCUCCUUCCCAGCUGCAGGAGCAGCAGCGACAACAGCAGCAGCGGCAGGAAUCUGAUUCGUAUUGUCAGCUACCUCAUCAACGACGGCAGUCCACGGACCAACAGCAGAAUUCCUGGAUAAUACCGAUAUCGCAGCAACGUGGGCAAGAGCCAAGGGAGCAGCAAGAGCUGCAGCGACAUACCCUGCAGCAACAGCAACAAUAUGUCCCCCAGUACCACGGUCACCAGCAGCAGCAGCGGAUGCCGCCGCAUUGUGGGCUGCAGUCGACAUCAUUGCAGACAAAUCACGCCCAACAACCACCUCUUGGUCUCAGUUCCAUGCAGUCCCGUGGGACAAUCACUCAAAGUGGGAAUCCAACUCAGUGGGCCGUAAUUGUCCCGGCGUCGGCUCAGCCCAUUGCGGGUGUGCAAGAGGUGCUAACGCAGAUACAACAGAUGUCAAACAGCGUGCCACGACCUCAGCCACCAUGCCACCAGUUGUCUCCAACACCGAUGCGGCAGCCUCAGGCUCCUCAGUCUCAGACAGCCUGGCCUCGGGCGUCGCGACCACAGGUUUCUCAGGCUGAGGCUCUGCGGCAACAGGCUCCUGAGUCUCGAGUGCAGCGGCAGAAGGCUCUUCAGCCUCAUGCAUCACGCUCUCAGGCGCCGCAGCCUCAGGCGCCACAGCCCCAGGCGGCACCAGCUCAGACCCAUCGCUGUCUUGCUCUUCAAAACGAGGCGUCGCCAUCCUCCGAGCGGCAACAGACGGCGCGAGAAGGCGCGGCAGCGGUGCAGCGCGCAGCGGCUGAGCCGGAGCCUCCAGAGCCGACCAUCUCCUGGCACAACCCUGCCACACCUCUGCCGUCCCGGAUUGGCGAAAUAUGUGUAGACAAAAGGUUCCGGGUGCGGCUGGGCCGGAAGCGCAAGCUCUCCGCUGACCAGGAUACGGACGAAACCGUCCAGCUGACUCACGUAGUGAAGCUGCCCGACCCGGUGCUGCAUGGUGAUGCCGCCCUGGCGUGGGACUCGACGGAGGACCCGCGCGGCAUCGGCUUCUCGUCCGAAAUGCUGUACCAGCCGCCGGAGCGCGGCCCCCAGUCCCCCAACGUCAGCUACUGCGUGCUGUGUUGGGACGGUGGCGAGCUGCUGCUCUGUGACCACUGCGAGCGCGCCUUCCACCGUGAAUGCUACAUCGGUCCUGCGGACGACUCAGACAGCGGGCCGUGGCAGUGUCUGAUGUGCCGCGUUAUGCCGACCCCCAUGAGUCCGAUGGAGCGGCGCGUCGGUGACCAGAUGAACGCGGAGGACAUGACGUUAGCCCGUCGUUUGCUGAUGGAGCUCUAUGCAGCCUACUAUCCGUCCAUGUACUUCAAAAACCUGGAGGCCAUGUCGGAGCUGGCCGACUUCGAUCAAAUCCCGCGGCCCUUGUGUCUGGACCAGAUCAAGGAACGGCUGCUCGCGCGAGACUUCUCCACGCUUAUGCGCUUCCUCUAUGCCCUGAAGAAGCUUGUCGACCAGCGUCAGUAUUUUAAGAAAGGCACCACCCCGGACAAGUAUUUGAAGCAGUUGGAUGAUAUGCUGGAGCAGUUCCUCCUGCAGCAUAUGCAUAGUUAUUGGCUUCACGUGGACGAUGUCCGAUCUUCCAAAUGACGGCACGCCUGAUGGGGGCGGCUGGUUCUUUGCGGCCACCAGCCAACUACCUGGUGAAUGGGUCGCCUUUGCCCGUUCUUGUGUACAGGUGAUCUGUUUCUCUGUUACGAGAGGUGACAUGUUUUGGCGUUCAGCUGCAGCAUGUUCAGCAAUCAGCCGCGUACAGUUCAGCAUAGCCGCGAUGCGGGUAAGCUUAGCACGUUGCGCUCUCACCGAGUGUAAGAGCUUGCCUGCCGUGUUGCAGUGGUCAGGACGGAUGCCUUAAGGAUGCGGGACGUUGGCAUCUACGGUACGUUCAUGCCGUAUUAUAUCGUCGAUAAGCCAAUGGUUUCUACGUGCCCGUUAUGUGUGAGAACGGUCGCGAAUUGAGUCAAACUGUUCGUGCUGCUGGAAGCUUUCCAGAUGUGAUAUGACCUUCGAAGUUCGUAGGUUUUUACAUUUUGUUACCAUGAUCCCUCAUGUUGUGUUAAUGUGUA